UUAAUAAAAGAUACCUCGGUCACACUGAGCGCUGCUAAAAAAUAUAUUAGGUUUAAAUAAAAUAAAUUGCGUGAAAUACGAGAAAAGUAAAAGUUAUAUUACUUCCACGGACGCGAGAGAUGAAGGAGAACAACAAGAUCCUCCAACUCAUCUAUGUGGCGUGGCGCGAGCGCUGGACGGACUCCCAGUGGGGCAUCAACAUAAAAAAGGUGCUGCCGAGAGGAGUCAGUGGAGAUGUAUACAAUCUGGCUGACUGUCUGAUGCAGCAGGCACUCAUUGGUUCCACGGCUAAUCCGUUGGUUCUUAACUACCUGAAGCAUUCACUGUGCGCCCAUCUCGUUUCUCACGCUGCUGUUAUUCGGUGCAUUGCCAAAUAUGACAAAUUAGAGCGCGUUUAUUGCAUUACAGCGCUCCUUGAAUUCCUGGCCAGCAUCGUGGAUGGCGUUACCUGCCGAAUAAAAUCUGAGGAAGCGGUUUUACCGAGUUCCGUCGUCCACUUGGUGUACUGGCUGCUUCAAAUCUUCGCCAGAACUGUGCAGCACUAUGAACUGUAUGGUGAGAUUAGUGCUGAGCAAUCAUACAUGCUGGACCAGACCUGCGUGGUGAUAGAUCGGCUUAGCCAGCAGCAGUUCCUGCUGUCUAUGCUGUACGUGGGCUGUCACGAAGAGCUCGAAAUAUGUGGACGGAUUCGGGAUAAGUACGCUACCAUCAAGGGAUCGUUGACGAACUCAAACUUUACGCUAAAUGCACCACAAGUGGAGCAGCAAUUGCAGCAGUUGGCCUUUAUAGAAGCCAAGCAUCUUGAAAUGCAACCACUUAAUCCGCCGUCAACACUCGAGAAGAUCUCGUGCUGCGUGCAACCCUUACUGGCGGUGGAAGUGCUUCUCAAUCCGUGCAAGGACACCAGCUACUACGUGGCUGAGUUGCAGAUGCUGCAACGAUUAAAGAAAUACUCCAAUACACGGCUCUUCUACGAAAUCAUCCGUGCUGGAUUCCUCACGCUGAGCAAUGUUGCGGAUACAAGUCCUGACACUAUGUGGGGUGCCUUUAUGUUCUUUAAAAUGCCGCACAUCAUUAAGCAAUUGCACGCCCUGCAACGGAUUCCCGGGGAGCAACCACCACCGGCCGAUUACAUACCCGAGUUGGUGGAGGCUUUGGAAUUGCUCAUCGAGGACAAUCUGCUGCUAGACUUCAUGGAUACUAAGUGCUCAUGCAAUAUGAUCGAGUUCCUUUUGAAUGACUGGACCAAGCAACAACUAGUCAAUGAUGUCCACGUAAAGAAGUUCGCCAGUCAAAGGGAAGCCGCCUCUCAAUUACUCAAAAAAUGCGACAAUGGCCAACAGACACCCUCCAAUAUAAACUUCAUCAAGCGCGCAGAGGUUCCGCUUUCCGGAGUACUAAAAACGCUGUGCACCAACAAGGUCCAGGACAUGGUUAAUGUCCUUUGCCAAGUGCCGGUGGGCAACAGCUUCGAGUUGAUUCUUUCAGUGGCUACCGUCGAGGGACGCCUCAAGACAUUCGUAUCGCGUCUGAUCCAGUGCAAUGAGAACUCCAAGCCGGUGCCGGGCGACCUGGGCAAGCUAUGCGUCAUCCGGUCCACUCUGUUUGAUGUUUCCUUCCUAAUGUUGACAAGCAUUGUGCAGACCUAUGGAUCCGAUGUGGUCUUAUCUGAGCGUGGUGACUCAUUUUUUGAAAAAUGGGUGCGUGAGUGCAUGGUGGAAAGGAAUAAGCUUAAGAAUCCGCGUCAAAUUCUUGCCCUCUGUGAUGACAGUAUUGUCGACGAGCUUUUGCUUAGCUUCAGUAAACCAGAGGCAUCACAACUUAAGCCAAACAACUUAAGUUGGCAGGAGACUUGCCUUAAUCUGCCCGGAGUGCUUCAUCAUGUGCUAAUAGCUUGGGAGCAGGAAACGCUAUCCUCGGCGGACGUUAAAAGUAUUCUGGACAAUAUUAAGAGAAGACUUUUCAGUUUUUCCGUUUGCGCCACUAGUUUUCUAUGCGCCUACAUGUAUUCGGUGAAGGAAACGGAACUUCUGAAACCACUAAACAUGAUUCAGCAGUUCCUGGCUCCGUUGACCAGCGAAGAGCUUUCCAGCCAGGAAAAUGCCAAGGAGCGACUAGCUCUCUCCUAUCAGAUUAUCAGAAAAAUGCAACACGAUGUGCAUCCUGCCCCAAGUACCAAGUCCCGCCUCAUUUCACAUUCCCCGCUAGUCGAGCAGUUUCGGGAGGUGUGGCGAACAGUAGUCGAUGCUGGUCACCUGCCCGUUCGCGCCGCUCAGUCGUUGGAGUCGCUUCUGCUAGCCGGUGGCGCGGCGUGGCUGUCCACGCAGUUGGUGGAGCAACUGCUGGCCUGCAAGUACACAAGGGAUAUGUCGCGAACCAUGGACGUUGUGUUUGCCGUAAUGCAUCUCGACAUUGAGAAGACCACUGAGGCGUUGCUCCAGUACGUGGUGGCUCCACUGAUACUGCGACGACAAGGUGAGGACAUUAAUGAGCCCCAAUCCCUGGUACUGGCCCGCCUCUGUGUUUACUGUAUUAUUUCCUGCCUGGAGAGCCGCAAAGGAAAUGGCACUUCCGCUUUGACGGCCAUGAAGAAGCGAUCGAGAUCUCACGAUGACGAGGAACUGGCGGCCAAUGCAGCCAAAGUGCGCAAGGUGAUUGGCGAUGGCAGCGACAACUCAAGCGACUUUACGGACACUACGACCGGAGCUGGCCUGGCAGCAUUAUUGGGCUCCACUUCCACAUCUGAACUGCGGACUACGCCGCUUACUCUAAGAGAACCACUGCAGACGAGCGUGCAGCACAUUUUCGCAGUGUUCCUGCAGUUUGUCAGUGGAGAUGAACUGUCGCCCAAGGCCGUUUUUGUUUAUCAGUUCAUUUCGCUGCUGGUGGAAUGCGGUGGUGAGAGGGUCGCUCCCGUCCUGCGCUUGCUGCCCAACGGCCUGGUGCAACAGCUCCUGAAAGUUUUGGUCACCGACGACAUAAAAGUGGGUCUCAUCAGCAGACUAUACGAUCUGCGAAUCCAGGCAGGAAGACUGUCCGCUGUGUCUGAUCUUUGCCUGUGGCGAAAUAUGCAGAUGGCCAGGCACAGCAUUCAUCUGUGAGGGAUUUGGAUGAUUGCCACAUUGGGUAUGCCGAUUAUGAUUAAGAGACGGGUGGGCGAAAUUGCUAAAUGAAUUGUAUUAAAAACUAGAAAUUGGUG